CGAUUGUCAGUGGGUUAUGCGGAAAAGAUAGACUCGUCUGGCAAACUUAACUAAAAYGAGAAUUAGCUAUAUGCCGUGAAAUGCAAACCUAGCAGUCUCUUGACAUCACCACAGCCGCGCUGUAUAGACACUUCGUUUAGGGUACGAUAAUGUUCAGUCGGGUUUACUGUAACAUUGUUUGAACACACAGGGAGUGGCCCUCUGGAAUGCAUGGGAAAUAAUUAUGCUUUAAAGGUACACGGGAGACAGGCUAGACUAGAGGUGACACAUAUUUAGACAGAGGUAUCCGUAGGCAAUAGACGAUUCUUCUCAUCUUCACCGCUUCUCACAGUUUCCAUCAUGGCGUAUGCUGCCUAUUGGACCAGCCUUCAGAGAACAGGUCCUAGUACCACACUUGGAGAGAAGCAGGUGGAUGGCCGGUCUUAUAAUACUCGAGCUGCUGCAGCCUCUAAGGCUCAGUCGCAGCCCAGACAAUAUUCAUCCACUUCAGUGGCCCAGGUUGCRGUGAAUCCAGCACAAUUUGAGAGUGCAUCUGCCGCCUCGACCAUGGCUACGAAGCCAAGGGCGGAGUCCGUGACAAUGGGUGGAGCCACAGGAAGUGGUGUCGCAGCGGGUGGAAGUCCUACUACAGCCGGGACAACACAGAGAGGAGCUGCCAAGGUGAUGAUGCCAGAGACGACACUUGUCUCUCCAAACGCUGCUGGAGCAGGUGCUACUAUUAUUGACAUACCAACACCUGGGACCAGAAGCAGUCCUAAAGACACCCCAAAGACUGCGCCCAUGCACCCUGCCAAAGCUACACCUCCUACCCCUGGAGGAGGAAAUAUUGUCGGAGUGGCGGCGACACCGUGGAAAGCUGAAGUACCGAAGCUCCAAGAGUCUCCGAAACAGACAGCCAAGAGUGUGCCCACCACAUCUAGCAAAGCUGACAUGGCUAAAAAGGAUCCUGCUAAGUUGCCCCAGGCUGUUUCUGCAGGCGGUGCCGCGGCUGGAGGCCCCUCUCAGAAGGGUCCAGUGACCAAGGUACAGGUGGAAGUAGGUCCCCCAGCAGCCAAGACAGCCAAAGAGGAGCUUGAUGCGGACCCCUUUGAUGCCCUGGCUAAUUUCUUGCCCUCGUCAGAGCCUCUCGCCCCUGCAGCCCCCGUAUACACCGGGCCAGAGGUUAUAGAGCAUGGCUUGACCCAUCAGGAGGGAGUGAUAUGUGGGGGGAAAGACUGCCCACUGCCCCCAGGAUACCYAUUUGAGGACAUGGCCCCAGUUGCAGAUGUCAAGCCAAAGGAUGUCCCGAAACCCAUGAGCACAGAUGAUGCUCUGGAAUCCCUCUCCUUUGGGUUCACAACCUCUACUGCUCCCAUCCCUCAGAAACAGGAGAAGAAAGUGGAGGACUUGGCUGCCAUUGAUGCCUUGUCUGCUGGCUUCUCCAACUUCGCUCCCCCUCCACCCGCUCCUGUCAAGAAAACUGAGUUUAAGUCUCCCGUUGUGACCAAGUCUGCUGCUCCCCCCGCGGACAAGAAAGCUAAGGUGGAAAAGAAAACUGAGUUUAAGUCUCCCGUUGUGACCAAGUCUGCUGCUCCCCCCGCGGACAAGAAAGCUAAGGUGGAAAAGUUGGCUGACUCCCCAAUGGACACCAAGCCUAAGACAGAUGAGGGUAUGUCCCUGGAUGCUCUCAAUGCUCUGGGAGACACUCUGGCUGCUCCAGAACCAGCGCCCAAACCUCCCAAAAUCAGACCUGAGGACAUUGUCACGGAGGGCAAACUGACAUCAGAGGCGGGUGUGUUUGUGGGUGAGAGGGACGACACUAUCCCACCAGAGUACAGGUUCACAAAGGACAAAGUCAAAGACCUGCCUCCUCCCAAGAAAGAGCCUUCCAUGGACGCUGGCGAGGCUCUGGACAUCCUGUCAGGUGACUUCAUGUCUUCCUCUGUGGCUCCAUCUGUCCAGGCUCCUGUCCUGUGCCCCCCAGCUCCUCCCAAACAGGCCGAAAUAGAUGAUUUAGCAGCCCUGGAUGCCUUGGCUGGAGACUUUGUGGCUCCUACWAAGGCCUCCGCUGUCCAGGCCCCCGUGGUGCCUCACUUCGACAACCCCCCACAGAGAGCCGUUUGUACAUUUGACCUUGAAGCCCCCAGCAUGGCUCCUGUUGUACCUGGAGCCACUACUAAACCCGGAGCCACUACUAAACCCGGAGCCACMACUAAASCCGSAYCKKCMACUAAAGCCGCAGCACCUACUAAAGCCGCAGCACCUACUAAAGCCGCAGCACCUACUAAAACCACCACUGAUGAGGGUAUGUCCCUGGAUGCUCUCAGUGCUCUGGGAGACACUCUGGCUGCUCCAGAACCAGCGCCCGAACCUCCCAAGAUCAGACCUGAGGACAUUGUCACGGAGGGCAAACUGACAGAGAUGGAAGCUGUGCUUGUGGGUGAGAGGGAUGACACUCUCCCACCAGAGUACAGGUUCACAGAGGACAAAGGCAAAMKCCUGCCUCCUCCCAAGAAAGAGCCGUCCAUGGACUCAGGUGAGGCUCUGGACAUCCUGUCAGGUGACUUCAUGUCUUCCUCUGUGGCUCCAACUGUCCAGGCUCSUGUCCUCUGCCCCCCAGCUCCUCCAACACAGGCCGCAGAUGACUUUGCCUUGGACGCCCUGGCAGGGGAAUUUGUAGCCCCAGCUGUUGCCCCUGCAGUCAAAUCUGCUGCUAACCGCCAGCUGUCUACAGGGACGGUAGAUGCUCUGGAUGCCUUGUCAGACACCUUAAUGAACAUGACUCCUAUCCCAGAGCCCGUUCCCGUCUCAGUCAGGGACAUCGUCAAGGAGAAGAAGAUCAUGGAGGAGAAGCUUAUCAAGAUGGGGGAGAGAGAUGUCAGCCUUCCAGCUGAGUACCGGCCCACAGAGAAAGACCUUAAGGCAAUGGCAGAGGCCAAAGCCCAGGCUGAUGUUAGGCCCAAGCAGCCAUCUAUGGAUGACAGCAGUGCCCUCGACCUCUUGUCUAGAGACUUCUCUUCCUCACCUGGUCCUGCUGCAACCUCAGUAGUUGUGACAACAAAGCAGACACAGCCCAGUCUGGAGAGCAACAGCAAGUCAAGGUCUAAGUCAAAGAAACAACAGGAGGAGAACCCAUCAGCCAAAGACCACCUGCCUGGAAAGAUGAGUUCAGAUGUAGUGCCAGGAUCCAAAAAUAAGGGUGGCAAGAGCUAGACCUCUAGGUUUCUAGCGCACUACAUGUCCCCUGCCACAUGGAGGCGCCACUAGAGGGAGCUGCUGUGAACGAUGAUUCUAUUUUUCUAAAUGGUGGAGAAUGUAUACUGGAUGAAAAACAAACAUGACCACACACACACACACUUACACACAGACACAUGCUGUGUGCAAUGCCUUUCCUGCUUGGUUUCGCACAUGACAGAAGAUUGUACUUGUUUUGGUAUCUUUCCUUUGAGAUGAGGAGAGCAAAAUAAAGAGAGAGUGAGAGAAGAGAGAGAGAGAGUUUGUUGUAAUUUAUUCCUCAUGAUUGACAGAGCAUCUGUGCAAUCCUGUGAGAAAAAUAAAAUGGGAGGUGUUGCCCUAGCUAACAGUCUGUAUUGCCCCAAUGUUGCAGUGACGUUGCUUCAACAUUGCUACAAUGUUGGGUAAUAGUGAGCGUGAUCUGGGUAAUGGUGAGCGUGAUCUGGGUUUAGGAACAGUGUAUAGUGGGUAUAUAGGAUUGUGAUGUCUUUGCAAUCUUGCUGUGCACAGAAAAGCAAGUUUUCUAUUAUGUGGACAGCCAACAUAAGACACUAGCGUACAGCAUAGUCUGCUUAGUUUGAUGAUAAUACUUAGUUUACAAUAUUGAAAUGUGUAAAAGGAUUUACAGGAAGUGAUCUGCUUGGUACGGAUGCAUCUGAUAGCUCAUGCAAUACUAUAUAUUUACUUUCUUGAUAGAUAUCGCUUUACAGAAGGGUCUAUAUGUGUGUACUUUGCCUCGUAGAAGCAUGUAUUGGUUUCCGAAAGUGCACUUACAAGUAAACUUGGGUGGUCACUACCUCUGUAAACUGCCUUUGUUUGUAUACUGUAAAACAGUCCCAAGGGCUAUCACUUCUACUCAAAAAGUCAAAAGCUGGUAUGACAGAAUUCUACAUACAGUAUUUCGGUGCAGGUCUCAAACUCAAAACUUGAGAGAUAUUUUGGAAAUGGGAAUUCUAAUUUAAUAAAAAUAUGUGGAAAAUAAUUGGUUUGCUGUGUGUAUUCAGUAUUCGAGUGUCUGUAGUAACUGCUUGUGCCUCAACAACCGAAAAACAAACACAUUUUGUAGCUAACAUGGGGUAGCCUAAAUGUACUUUGCCCUAUAAAAUGGCAAUAAGAAAAUGACAAAAACAAUUAAUGACUGUAGUAGAAUACACAAUUGGUAAGAGGGUCAUUUGGUAUAGGGAACUUACUGUAUAUUUUGUUGCAGUAAAGAGAAUACUUAUAUAUUUUAGAAAGGAUUUCACAUGUAAUAUUAGGAAAACCUUUAUCUUGUACAAAGCAGCUCUGUAGUUUUUACAUUUUGUUAAGUUUUACAACGCUGCUUCCUCUGAUAUUGGCUGUUUUUCGAGUGCAACAGCCUUGGAUGCUUGUAGAGUAGAAUUUCAAUAGAUUUCAAGUGUUUGUAAACAACGAAAAAUGAAUAAAAAAGAUGUAGCUUUA